CUUCAUGUCGUGUCAAAGCCAUGUGAAUAGGAACAUCGUCUCCAUCGCUGCCGACGUUGCGACAGACAACGAUGCAGCAGUCGAAGUGCUCAACUUGCACGGGAACUGCAUCCGAUCCAUGGAUGGCUUACAACGAUUCACCAACCUCAAGGAGCUAUCAUUAUCGUCCAACUGGAUCAAUUGCCCUUCAUUUGCAGCAUUGCGUGGCCUCGUGCAUCUCACCGUGCUCAACCUGUCGGCCAAUCGGAUCACAACUACCAUUGGCUUUCCCGUCUUGCCAUCGUUAUGCGAACUUUCCCUGGCGUACAACAGUCUUACGGUCCUCGACGGCCUUCUCGACCCGCUGAAGUUCCCAGCAUUGGAAAUCCUAGACCUUCGGGACAAUCAAAUCGCCGACGUGUCCGCCCUAUCGCCGCUGUUUUACUUGCAAACGAUGCGCGCGCUGCGCCUCCAAUCCAUCUCAAAGAGCCAGUCCAAUCCCGUGUGUGCCGCCGAGGGGUACCCAUCGAUGCUGUUGGAUCGAAUGUCCACGUUGGAAACGCUGGACGGCGAGCACGUCAGUGUGUUGAAAGAACUCGCGGCGCUGGUGAUGCCCAAGUACACGAGCGUGGCUCGGACGUUUCGCCAACCACCGACUCUCGAGUCGGCGCCCCCAACCCCACGUCGACGGCAGAGCAUCGAGCCAGACUGGACCGUGCUGGACGCCCGGUUGCGAUUGCUAGAGGCGCACCAGACCCACGAAGAACCGUUCAUGGACGACAUUGACUCGCAGAUCCAUCAAGCCACGUCCAGCCUUCGAAGCAUGCACAAGCAGACGUUGGAGACGAGGGUGCCGCCGCCGCCCAUGUCCGUCUUUGUUGAAACCAAACAGAGACGGGGGUAUCACGUGCACACGCCGCCACCACACGAGCGCGACUCUGAUGACGGUGACGUGAUCCUUGAGACGGAUCCAUCAGUGUUGGCCGCCCCAGCUGAGACGUGUCACGUCGAACACGUCACCAUGACAACAGACACAUCGAGCCAGUGUGACGUUAUCACGACGUUGACCAGAGGGGUGCAAUGUGACGAUGAGACAGAAAGGGUUCUCCGGAGGGAGCUCAAAGCGGCCAUAGAUCGGGCCAAGCGCGCAGAGUCCAAGGCGGUGGAGCUCACGGUGGACAAAGCCAACACUUCGAUGGACCACGACAGUCUGUCCAAGGAACUGGCCCAAGUCCGUCACACGGUGGCGACGCUCAAGCAGCAGGCGGCAGCGGACCGCGACAAGCUCACAGUGCAAAUGAACGAAUGCGAUCAAACCAAGGCGUUGCUGGACGAGAGCGAGCGUCGAGUGGAGUCGUUGCAGAUGCAAAUGAAGCUCAAGGACGACAAGUGCAAGAACGAGUGCAAACGGGCGUUGAUGGAGGUCGAGCACGAGGCCGAAGUCCGAGCUCGAGAGGCGGCGGCGACGGCACAAGCCAAGCACGACGAGAGUGCAUCCCAGAUUCGACAAAUCAAAGCGGACAUGCAAGAGCUCAAGUAUACCCUCGAGGAUGCAUAUGCAAAGUACGCGGCCAAAGAAAAGGAGGUAGGUGUCGACGCUGCGACACGAUGCGUUCUUGAAAGGGUCGGCCUUGGACAGUGUCGCAUAUCAGCACAAGGAAGAGCUGGGACGGCGGGAAAAAGCGUACAAGGCGCAGGAAGAGCUGGUGCAGCGGCAGUUCAAACUGACACUGCACGAAGUGGAGAUGGAGUUUCGCCACAAGCAAUCCGAGUCGAUCUUGAAGCUCAAGCAACUCACGCAGGCGUUUCACGGAGCAGCAGCGGAAGCCAAACAGUGGGAAGGGAAAUACCGAGCAGGGCUUCAGGCCGAAGCAGCCUUGAACGCUCGCGUCCAGGAACUCUUGUCCCAGCUGCAAGGAGUGGACAAGCGCCUCGUUCACCUUCAAGAGUCGUGCCACCGCAGCAUUCAAGAGUAUCAGGCCACGAUCGAAGAGCUGGAAGCGGCGCUCGAAGCUGAGAAAACCCACGCGGCCGCCUUGGAAGACGAGGUGGCCAACGCCAGCGAAGCGGCCAAGGCUGUGGAAGCGCUGGAGCGGCAGCUGGCCGACGUCACCGCGACGUUACAAGUGAAAAACAUCAUGCUGGACGACCAAGCGCAGCAGAUCAUGGCGCUUCGCCGGGAAGGCGACGACCACCGCCACAACGAGGCCGACUUGCGCGAACAACUUCGAGAUGUCGAGCUCGCGUUGGAUGAAAGUCUAGCCAGACAGCACGACAUGGAGCGGGACGUGCGUCGAGUGGAAGCAAACGUGGACAAGCUAGACCAGUGGGACGGCCUGCAGGACGAGCUCGAGGCCAAAGUGCGCGCCCUCGAGUACAUCGACAAGGAGAUGCUGCGCAUGCGGAAGACCAUCGCCAAGCAGGAAGAGCUGAGCCAGGCCCGCGUCCAAGCCAUGCAAGAUGAGCAUGACAGUGCCAUCAAGUCGUUGCAAGCGUCGAUCCAGCAACUUCGUCAUGACGUGAGUCAGUGGGAAGCCAAAUGCAGCGCCAUGGAAGGCCGGGGGCGGUCGCUGCUCGAACAGAAUCGGCAGCUGCAGCGAAGUGUCCGCGACCACCAGCUCCGAGUCCACACGACUGAAAAUGAAAUGAAAGUGCUGUUGCAACAGAUGGAGAAAGAGAGGCAGACAAAACGCCAUCACAUGAAGCAAGUGAGCCAUCUCCUGCAGCAGCUCGACUCUGGCCACGUCCAUGCCGCUGCCACGAGCCCAUAACAACCAUCCAUCCUUCCAUGAUGCCGCCGUUAUUGAGAACACGAGAUGAUGUGUGGAUGGGGGAUGAUGAUGAUAUAAUGUUAUUACUCGCUGUUGUCGGCGUCGACUUGGUUGUCUCGGUGGGUCUUACUCGACCGCUUCUUCUUCGUCUUCUUCGUCGACGACGAAGCUGCUUCGUUGGAUGGUGCCACGUCUACAUGCUCCACUUGGUUGUCAAUCGCAUUCGAGUCCUGGCGCUUCACCACGAGCUUGAACGACGGGCGGAUGUCCCCUCGGUAUCCCUUGGGGAAGUACGCGCGAUUGAAGUCGCGCAUUUCGUCCAUGGUCAUGCCGUACAGCUCGCAAAUGCUUUCUGGGGUUUCGCCAUACUCGACUUCGUGGAUCUGCUUGGUGAGUUUCACUUCGCCCACGUGCUUGAUGCGGUCGGCGAUCUCAGCGUUGUGACCCACGAUCAGCGUCGUCCCCGCCGUCAGACGAGGCUUGUGGCCGAUGGGAAACGCCGACUUGUUCUUGAGCAAGAUGCGCGCGCGGGUCGUGUGGUACGUCGCUGCGAUGGACUCGAACGUGUCGUUGGAGGUCACCACAUGGACCACAUCGCCGGGUCGGAGGACGAGUUCGUCGGAUUGUUGGGUGUUGACGACGCGGAUGUGCAGCAUCUGUCCUGGAAAAAGGAUGCCUCGCUCGCCCUGCGGGAAGUACUGUCGGUUGUCGCUGCGAAUGAACUCUUCGGUUGUGUUGUAUUCGACGGCAAUGGUCUUGACCGUGUCGCCUGACCGUACCACGUGCAUUUGACCCCACCCAUGGUCGAUGAGUUCAGGCGGGGGCGGCAACGAUACGGCCAGCGAUUCGUCCACGAUCAGCUCUUGGCCGGGGUACACGGUGGCGUUCUUGCUGCAAAACACCAUGGGGUUCAUCUCUCGGAUCUUGUCCUCGGCCUGCUUGGUCUUGAUUGCGAUGCUACUCAGCGUGUCUCCCUUCACAACGGAGUAGCGGAAGGGUGCCGUGCUGUCCAAUGCCUUCUUCUUGUUGCCCCAGGUCCCAUACAUGGCGAUGAGGUAGAGGACGCCGGCGGUGGAGAUUGUCGUGCGCUUUGCC